GAUGAUGAUGAUGAUGAUCUCACUGUUAUCAAUCUGAGAACCUGAACUUCAAUAUGAAGCCAUCUCUCUUUUCUCUCUCCAAUAUGCUCAUAUACACACGCAUAAAUCCCUGCCAUCUGCAACCAACUAUGCAUUGGCAUUUAUUACCCCUCUCCUCUUCUCCAAUGACUAACUAACAUGAAUCCCUAUUAGAUUUUUUUUAAGCCUCAACGUCAAUUUCUCUCGUCUUUCCGAAAACCACUUCUAAUUUUCUCCCCGUUUCGGAAGGCCUUUCAGGUGCGCUGUAGCAGCUGCAGCCUCGCGACCCUUAAAGCAUUUUAAGAUCAACCCUUCUCAAAAUAACUUCUCUCCUUCAUUUUAAGUGCUUCUCUUCAUAUAUGUUUGGUUUGCAUGUUACUUACCCUCGUUGUCCUAUCCAUUCCAUUCAUUCCCAAUCACAAAGACUCUUCAUUUGUUGCACAAUCACAAACUUUUCUCACUUCCUGUCUCUUGUUUUCUCAUUGCAAGACGUACAAGUUGGAUAGCUGUGUUGGAAGAUGUUAGCAGUUGAAGAAAUUCUGAGUGAACUUGCCGAGGAGGAGGUAAACGGGCAUGGGUUGCCGCCGGGGUUUCGGUUUCACCCCACUGACGAGGAACUGGUAACCUUUUAUUUGGCUUCCAAGGUAUUUAAUGGAAGCUUCUGUGGAGUGGAGAUUGCUGAGGUUGACCUUAACAGAUGCGAACCUUGGGAGCUUCCAGAUGUUGCGAAAAUGGGGGAGAGAGAAUGGUACUUCUUCAGCUUGAGGGACAGGAAAUACCCAAGCGGGCUGAGAACAAACAGAGCCACUGGAGCUGGGUACUGGAAAGCCACAGGCAAAGAUAGGGAAGUGUACAGUGCCUCAACCGGAGCUCUUUUGGGAAUGAAAAAAACCCUUGUUUUCUACAAGGGCAGGGCACCCCGUGGGGAGAAGACCAAGUGGGUCAUGCAUGAGUACCGCUUGGACGGUGACUUCUCCUGCCGCCCCUCCUGCAAGGAAGAAUGGGUGAUUUGCAGAAUAUUUCAUAAAACAAUUGAGAAGAAGAAUGCCCUUGCUCAAGGUCAAAGCUAUGUACUGGCAGUGUCUUCGUCUUCAACAACUUUCUUGCCUCCAUUGCUUGAAACUCCAACACCGUUGUUAAAAUCUGAGUCUCAAACUCUAAUGCAAGCUCACAACUCUUUUUUGAUUCACCGCCAUGAAAAUGACCUGAAAAGCCUGAUAAACCCAGUUGUCUCACAGUCCCAAUCCCAGCUCUUCCCAUCUAAUGGACUCCAACCCUCCUAUUCACCAACUUCCACUUUUGCCACAACCGACAAGAACGCUGUGACAAACACCACCACCACCACCUCAUCAGCAGCUAUGCUCUUCAAGUCCCUAUUCUCACAUCAAGAUUGCUUAUUUAAGGAACAAGCUGCUUUUCCCAAACAGUGUAAGGCAGAGGCUGACUUUUCCUAUUUAAAUCUGCCUGCUGCCAACACCUUGAACUGGAUGGAUAGGAUUCAUCCCAGCCCACCAUGUCAAAACCCUUUGUUCUUCGACAUGGAUUAUAGCGUGUUGGGGUUUGCUGAAGGUGUUAGGGGUACUGCUCGGGGGGACACUAACGCACAUGACAUGUCCACUUCAAUUUCCAUUAAUAGGGCCAGCGGUCAGAUGAUUUUAAAUCCUCCCACCACCACAGCCUCUGGAGAAUCCGGGCCGCUAGAUUGAUAAAAUCUUAAAAUAUUGUUAAGAAUAGGAUCACUACUAUCUAUCUAUGUCCAUAUCAGUAGAUUGGGUGAUGAGUUUUAAUCGUUACAUUUACGUUUACGUGUAUCUGGAGCAGAAUUUAGUAUUCAUCAGCUCUAAUGAAUAUUAUUCUACUUACCUUUGUAUUGUAGAACCUGCAGCCCGCUCUGCCAACAGCUUUUCUUAAAAUUGUGAUAAAAGAAAAAACCAAAAGCUGCUGCCGUUCCAGAGA